GAGAAAUCCUUUACUCGGCUAAAGAAUGGCGGACGCGAAGAAGGAAAAACCUGAACCCGCAGCUAAAAAGCUGCCUGCGGCUAAAAAGCUGCCCGCAGUGCCGGAAUCAGUUCUGAAAAGGAGGAAAGCUCGCGAGGCAAUACGAGCUGUACGUCUUCAAGCAUCUAUCAAGCAACGUGUAAACCGUUAUAAGAAGAGGAAAAAUAUCUUUAAAAGGGCUGAAAAAUAUGUGAGAGAAUAUAGAACAAAAGAGAGAGACGAAAUUAGGUUAAUUAGACAAGCCAAAAAUCGUGGCAAUUAUUAUAUCCCUGGAGAAGCACGUCUUGCAUUUGUUAUUCGUAUUCGGGGUGUAAAUCAAGUUGCUCCAAAAGUACGCAAAGUACUUCAAUUGUUUCGUCUGAAACAAAUCAACAAUGGUGUAUUUGUAAAAUUGAACAAAGCAACACUUAAUAUGCUUCGUAUUGUUGAACCUUAUAUCACAUGGGGAUAUCCAAAUUUAAAAUCAGUUCGUGAAUUGAUUUACAAGAGAGGAUUUGCCAAAGUAAAUAAACAACGCAUACCUAUCACAAGCAAUGCUAUCAUUGAAAAGAAACUCGCACGUUCUCGCAUUAUUUGUAUAGAAGAUUUGAUCCAUGAAAUAUUCACAGUUGGAUCAUAUUUCAAAUAUGCAAGCAAUUUCUUAUGGCCAUUCAAGCUCAACACACCCAAUGGCGGAUGGCGCAAGAAGACUAACCACUAUGUUGAAGGUGGUGAUUUCGGAAAUCGUGAAGACAAAAUCAAUGAACUUCUCAGGAGAAUGGUUUAA